CAAGGGGAAGGGCUAGGUUUACAGUAGGCUACCAUAUUGUAUACAACAAUUUUCAGGCUUGUUAUUUUUAACUAUGAAAUCAUAGUUCAUUCAGACUAUAGAAGUACUAGAUUAGUUGGAAGUGUAACUAAAAGUAAAUACAUAGCAUCAAAAUACUACUUUGUAUAAGCGCGUGUCCGAGGGAUGUGGGGGGCUACUUCCGCUGAUACCGCCCACACGAAAAAGGCGUCGUUACCCCGACAAACACGCAAGAUUUGCAAGUGUUGGGCAGCUGCAGCAGACUUCAACUUCUUUGUCGGGUCUGCAAAUUACUGUCAUCAAAGGUGGACCCGUUAUUUCACCGUAGUACGACGCUAGUCUACUCCGAACUAAUUAGCACAUUUUCAAGAGGAUUUUUAAAGCGUGUUAAAAAUUAAAUUAGUGACUAUUAGCAUCAGUCUGUUCGUGGUUUCAGAGCUGCCCUUCUCGUGCAUGGACACUUUCCAAUUAAGCUGCUUGUUAGGAAAUUGCUUUUGUCUGCACAUCCUGACGAGGAAUUGUGAGUAAAACUGGGACUCGCAAGCAAUAAUUCCGUAUCCAGUAUUAGUGCAACACUAUCUAAGAUCAGCCCCCCUUGUGGGACUGUGCUCGUUUCUUACAGAGAACUGUGAAGAGGAUCAGAUACAACGGUGUGACAAUCAAAUGGACAACAUUUAAAACCGCUGCAGCACCUCUGUAUUCGAAUAAACCUUCUGUUUUCAGGAAGCGAUAUUGGCGGCGUUGAUGGAUGUCAUUGUCCUUAUUGAUGUCAUCGCCAUAAAUUUGUUCCUCUUCAAAUUUACAGUUGACCAUUUCUGAGAGAUCAAGGUCAACAAUACAAGCAAGUCUAACAAUCUUGAAACACAACGUUGAAUCCAGAGGCGCAGUGGACACUUGGACAAGGCAUCAAUUUGCUUGUCCUCGUGAAGAAUUGCGCCUGGGUUUUGGCACGUCGAGAGUAUGGCAUCCUUAUGGGAAAGCUGGAUUUGGUUACUCUGGAGACGGACUUUAAUUCCAUUUCUUCUCGUGCUUUGGGUGUCCUGUUUCGGGAUACAGGGAGGAGACGAUGACGCUUUUAAUGCCGAGUCAUGGCUGCGGAUGUACGGCUACCUCCCUCAGGCCAGCAGACAGAUGUCCACUAUGCGAUCCGCUCAGAUCCUGUCCAACGCCAUCAGCGAUAUGCAACGCUUCUACGGCCUGGAGGUCACGGGCGUGAUGGACCCCGGCACGUUGAUAGCAAUGCGAAGGCCGCGCUGUGGAGUCCCAGACAAGUUCGGCGGUGAGAUCAAGAUCAACGUUAGGCGGAAACGCUACGCUCUCACUGGUCACAAAUGGAACAAGAGCCAUCUUACCUACAGUAUACAGAAUUACACACCGAAGAUUGGGGAGUACAAUUCAUAUGAGGCUAUCCGGAGGGCCUUCGGUGUGUGGCAGAAGGUGACCCCUCUGACCUUCGAUGAGAUCCCUUACCAGGAGAUCAAAUAUGGCCGCCGGAAGGAGCCCGACAUCAUGAUCUUCUUUGCUUCGGGUUUCCACGGAGACAGCUCACCCUUCGACGGUGAGGGCGGGUUCCUGGCCCACGCGUACUUCCCUGGUCCCGGGAUGGGCGGUGAUACGCACUUUGACUCUGACGAGCCAUGGACUCUCGGCAAUGUCAACUUGCAAGGCAAUGAUCUGUUUCUUGUUGCGGUACACGAACUGGGCCAUGCCCUGGGUUUGGAGCACUCAAAUAACCCAAUGGCCAUCAUGGCUCCCUUCUACCAGUGGAUGGAAACUGACGAUUUUCAACUACCAGAGGAUGACCUCAGAGGAAUCCAACAGAUCUAUGGUCAGCCCGACGGUACACCCACCCAAGCUCUCCCUACUGUCACUCCCCGCCGGCCGGCCCAGCCAAACCCCAAGCCCCCCAACUCGCCCCCCAACUCGCCCCCCAACUCGCCCCCCAACUCGCCCCCCAACUCGCCCCCCAACUCGCCCGACAAGCCCCGCACGACUGACCGACCGGACCACUACGGCCCCAACAUCUGCGAGGGCAACUUCGACACAGUCACCAUGCUCAGGGGAGAGAUGUUCGUGUUCAAGGGUCGCUGGUUCUGGCGGGUACGAAGAAACAGGGUUCUGGACAACUACCCAAUGCCCAUUGGUCACUUCUGGAGGGGUCUGCCCGGAGACAUUGACGCAGCCUACGAGAGGCAUGAUGGGAAAUUUGUCUUCUUUAAAGGGGAGAAGUACUGGUUGUUCAGGGAGGCCAACCUGGAACCCGGGUACCCUCAGGAGCUGACAGACUACGGCAGAGACAUCCCCUAUGACCGGAUUGAAACGGCCAUCUGGUGGGAGCCGUCUGGUUUCACAUACUUCUUCAAAGAAGACCGGUACUGGCGCUUUAACGAACAGUCCCGUGCGGUCGACAAGGACUACCCUAAACCAAUCAGUGUGUGGGGCUCUUCGGUCCCAUCCUCUCCCAAGGGAGCCUUCCUCAGCGAUGACGGAGCGUAUACAUACUUCUACAAGGGAUCCAAAUACUGGAAGUUUGACAACCACCGGAUGAAGAGUGAACCGGGCUACCCGAAGUCCAUUCUGAGGGACUUCAUGGGCUGCAGCGUCGACCUGGACCCAGACAGAGACGCGGAUGGAGACGCCGGCCGCAAGGUCCCAGACUCGGACCGCCCUCCCUUCAACCCCGACGCGGGCCGGGACAAGGACAAAGACAAGGAUCUGGACCACACCAACGACGUGGACUACAAUGAUGCCAGGGAGGAGGAGACGAACGAAGUGGACGUGGUGCUGAAAAUCGACGAGAGCGAGACGCGCACUAUGAACAUCAUCAUGGUGACAGUGCCCCUGGUCCUUGUGCUGUGCAUCCUGGGAUUGAUCUAUGCCAUCAUUAACACGCUGCAAAGGAAGGGAGCGCCCAAACUGCUAGUCCACUGCAAACGCUCCCUGCAGGACUGGGUGUGACCUCUGACCCACUUAAUAACCCCGCACCCACACCCAAACCCUCCCUUUGUCUCCUCAUCCAAAACAUGGCUGAAGAGAAAACAUGUGCAUUUAGACAGAAACACACACACAAUCACAAAACAACCGUUCCCCUUCAUGGUGCUCCUUCCAGUGAGUUGGCUGUAGUCUAUUUAUAUCAGAAUGUUUGCACAUGUUUUUUAGUUUUUUUGUCAACGCUUUUUGUUUUGUUCAUAUUGUGUGUUAGUGUUCUUUUUCUUCAUAAACCAGGGAGUGUGUGUUAUCCUCUCUGCCUGUGAGGUCACAGGUUUUUUUUCUGAGAUUAAUGGUUCUCGGAUUAAUCUUUGAAAAGUAAAUAGAGAAAGGACCCAUGGCGAUAGAGAGACUGCGGCACAGAAUGAAGGGAGUGAGAGAGGUCUGAUUGGGAAAAGCAGAGUGGUUCACUAUUCCCUCCCUCAGGACCUGUAGAGCUGAAGAAGGCCUGCUGCAGGUCAGGUAUCAACAGGAGAGAGAACAGUGUAAACAGUGUCCCUUUUGAACUGUAACUCACCCAUUGCCUUUUUAUUACUGUUCCCUCCAUGUCGAACAGCCACUGCACACUAACAAAGUUUUGGAGUUUAUCAUCUGUUUUGAAUUCGAGGGGUACCACGGAUGAUGUUAGAAGUGCUGUCCAUUACUAAUAGACAGCUCUCGCAAAUGUUUGGUUUAUUCAGCCAAACACGGUCUUCUGACAUCGUUCUUUUCCUUUUCAAGCCUUCUUCCCCCCUUGCUUUGAUUAAGUCAUGGUUGUUCUGAUAGGGAGGCUUUGGAAAAGGUGCUACUUUCCUGUUUUUGAAGACAAAGGCAAUUCACUGUGAAAUGACUGUGUGAGACUUGGGGGGUGGGGGGGGGGGGGUGUGCAGUUGAGGUACCAAGGUAGGAAUGAGAGACAGGCUUUUGACUGAGUAAUUCAGGAUUGCCUUCACACUUUUCAUUGGGAGAAAUGCUUUGAACAAAAGAUACUUCAUUCUCCUCUGAAAUGUUUGAAUACAUCCAAUUCAAAUAAUGUUCCAUACAAUGAUCCCCCUCUCUCUGUAAUAUCUACACUCCUAGAUUUAAAUAGAUUGAUGGGCCUCUCUGUCUGUCUCGCUGAGCUCGUUCCGGGGAGUUAUUCCUCUGAACAUACCCGGAUAAGUCUGCUAAUCCUCUCAUUUAAAAACAGCAGGUGCUUCAAAAUAUUGUUAACCUCCCAGCCUCGAGUCUUAAGCCUUCUCUGUACCAAAGCAGACUUCUUUUCAUCUUCGGAGAGGUCCAAACGGAGGUAGACAGACUCUGGCGGAGAGGGAGAAGGUGCAUGUCAGUGGGUCAGAGGAGGGGGCAUCAACCAGGGGACUUCAAAAGCAGAUGGGGUGUAAAGACAGAACCCUUAUCUGUAUUUGGGAAAGCCUGCAAUCUGUCCCUGGAUAGUGUUACCCUGAUAUAGGUAAUUGUCGUGGGGGGGGGGGGGCAGGCUGAUUAUCAGACCAGUGGUCCAUCCCUACGGUGGUGUAG